CAGAUCAUGGAAGAGGCCGUCACGCGCAAGUUUGUCCACGAAGACAGCAGCCACAUCAUCUCCUUCUGCGCCGCGGUGGAGGCCUGCAUCCUGCACGGGCUGCGGCGGCGGGCAGCUGGCUUCCUGCGCAGCAACAAGAUCGCGGCUCUCUUCAUGAAGGUGGGCAAGAGCUUUCCGCCGGCCGAGGAGUUGAGCCGCAAAGUCCAGGACCUGGAGCAGCUGAUCGAGAGCACGCGAAACCAGAUCCAGGGCCUCCAGGAAAAUGCGAGGAAGUUGCCCAAGCUGUCCAACCUGUCCCCACUCGCCAUCAAGCACCUGUGGAUCCGCACCGCCUUGUUUGAGAAGGUCCUGGACAAGAUUGUGCAUUACCUCGUGGAAAACAGCAGUAAAUACUAUGAGAAGGAAGCUCUCCUGGUGGACCCCGUGGACGGCCCCAUCCUUGCAUCCUUGUUGGUGGGGCCCUGUGCCCUGGAGUACACCAAGAUGAAGACCGCGGACCACUUCUGGACCGACCCCUCCGCCGACGAGCUGGUUCAGAGGCACCGCAUCCAUAGCUCGCACCUGCGGCAGGACUCGCCCAGCAAGCGGCCAGCCCUCUGUAUCCAGAAGAGGCAUUCGAGCGGAAGCAUGGACGACCGGCCGUCCCUGUCUGCCCGUGACUAUGUGGAGUCCCUGCACCAGAACUCCAGAGCCACCCUGCUCUACGGCAAGAACAAUGUUCUGGUUCAGCCGAGGGACGACAUGGAGGCUGUACCUGGGUACCUGUCCCUGCACCAGACAGCUGACAUUAUGACCUUGAAGUGGACACCCAACCAACUGAUGAACGGGUCCAUGGGGGACCUGGACUAUGAGAAGAGUGUCUACUGGGACUACGCCAUGACCAUCCGCUUGGAGGAGAUUGUCUACCUGCACUGUCACCAGCAAGUGGACAGCGGCGGGACAGUGGUGUUGGUCAGCCAGGAUGGGAUCCAGAGGCCGCCCUUCCGCUUCCCCAAGGGCGGGCACCUCCUACAGUUCCUCUCGUGCCUGGAGAACGGGCUGCUUCCCCACGGGCAGCUGGACCCGCCUCUCUGGUCCCAGCGGGGAAAGGGCAAAGUGUUUCCCAAGCUGCGCAAGAGAAGCCCUCAGGGUUCCUCGGAGUCCACAUCUUCAGACAAGGAGGAUGAGGAGGCCACAGAUUACGUGUUCCGGAUCAUCUACCCCGGCUCGCAGUCUGAAUUUGUCCCCCAGGAUCUGAUGGAUGUCUCCGUGAACAACCUCCCAUCCCUAUGGCAACCCAGCCCCCGGAAAUCCUCCUGCUCGUCCUGCUCACAGAGUGGUUCAGCUGGUGGCAGCUCAACCAAUGGCUGCAACCAUGAGAGGGCUCCUCUGAAGCUGCUCUGUGACAACAUGAAGUACCAGAUCCUCUCCAGAGCCUUUUAUGGAUGGCUCGCCUACUGCAGACACCUGUCCACCGUGAGGACCCACCUGUCAGCCCUGGUCAAUCACAUGAUCGUGUCUCCGGACUUGCCCUGUGAUGCUGGCCAGGGGCUGACAGCCAGGAUCUGGGAGCAGUACCUUCAGGACAGCACGAGUUACGAGGAGCAGGAGCUGCUGCGGCUCAUCUACUAUGGAGGCAUCCAGCCCGAGAUCCGCAAGGCCGUGUGGCCCUUCCUCCUGGGCCACUAUCAGUUCGGGAUGACAGAAACAGACAGGAAGGAGGUGGAUGAGCAGAUCCAUGCCUGCUACGCACAGACCAUGUCGGAGUGGCUGGGAUGUGAGGCCAUCGUGCGGCAGAGGGAGCGGGAGUCCCACGCAGCCGCGCUGGCCAAAUGCUCAUCGGGGGCCAGCCUGGACAGCCACCUGCACCGGAUGAUGCACAGGGACUCCACCAUCAGCAAUGAGUCUUCCCAGAGCUGCAGUUCCGGCCGCCAGAACAUCCGCCUGCAGAGCGACUCCAGCAGCAGCACACAGGUGUUUGAGUCCGUGGAUGAGGCAGAGCAGGUGGAAGGAGAAGGCCGACUGGAGGAGAAACAACCCAAGGUCCACAACGGGAACCUAGAAAACGGCCCGUGCUCCCCAGACUCUGGCCAUCCAUCUUCCCACAACUUUUCCUCUGGCCUCUCGGAGCACUCGGAGCCCAGCCUCAGCACCGAAGACAGCGUCCUGGACGCCCAGCGGAGCGCGCCCCCGGCCCUUCCACCUGGGGACAGCAGCGUGGACGACGGGCAGAGCAGCGAGGCCACCACCUCAAGGGACGAGGCCCCUCGCGAGGAGCUGGCAGUGCAGGACCGAUUGGAGAGCGACAGCCUGGCCAAUGGGAGCCUGGACGAGUUCAUGUCCAUCGCCGGCAGCAUGGACGUGGCCCUGCCCGAGAAGGACGGUGCGGCAGGGGAGGGCUGGCGGGGCUGCGAGGCCGAGAAGCGCAGCCAGGCGGACAGCGAGGACAACCUCUCGGAGGAGCCCGAGAUGGAGAGCCUCUUCCCCGCCCUGGCUUCCCUGGUCGUGACCACUUCUGCCAACAAUGAGGCGUCCCCCGUGUCGUCCAGCGGCGUCACCUACUCCCCGGAGCUGCUGGACCUGUACACCGUGAAUCUGCACCGCAUUGAGAAGGACGUGCAGAGGUGUGACCGCAACUACUGGUACUUCACACCCGCCAACUUGGAGAAGCUGCGCAACAUCAUGUGCAGCUACAUCUGGCAGCACAUUGAGAUCGGCUAUGUCCAGGGCAUGUGUGACCUUCUGGCUCCGCUGCUGGUCAUCCUGGAUGAUGAGGCCCUGGCCUUCAGCUGCUUCACAGAGCUCAUGAAGAGGAUGAACCAGAACUUUCCCCACGGAGGCGCCAUGGACACGCACUUUGCCAACAUGAGGUCGCUGAUCCAGAUCCUGGACUCGGAACUCUUUGAGCUGAUGCAUCAGAACGGGGACUACACCCAUUUCUACUUCUGUUACCGCUGGUUCCUGCUGGACUUCAAACGAGAACUCAUCUAUGAUGACGUCUUCGCCGUCUGGGAGACCAUCUGGGCAGCCAAGCACGUCUCGUCCGCCCACUACGUCCUGUUCAUCGCGCUGGCUCUGGUGGAAGUCUACCGCGACAUCAUCCUGGAGAACAACAUGGACUUCACGGACAUCAUCAAGUUCUUCAAUGAAAUGGCCGAGCGACACAACACCCGGCAGGUGCUGCAGCUGGCCCGGGACCUCGUGUACAAGGUGCAGACCCUGAUUGAGAACAAGUAGAGGGCGCCACCCAUGCCCGCCCUUCUCCCACCCUCCUUUCCUCUGGUGAGCCCGGCCUGGGCGCCCGCCCUGGAGUCUGCUCAUGAACGUGGCUCCUGUGCCCAGAGAAAGGGCCCUGCUUUGGCCGCGGGCAGGUGGGUCCAGGUCAGUCCAGCCUUACGUUUUCCUGUUUGACCAAAGAUUGACCAAGCCUGAGGCCUCCGCCACGGGUCUGGCUGCAGAUGGACAGAGGAGGCCUCUUCCCUCUGCCCUGUCUGUCCCCCAACCCUUCCUCAUCUGUACAGAAGAGCUCUGGAGAGGUCUCUGGGGCUCCCACUGUGCCCUCAAAGCGGCCUUUGGAGACAUCCAAGAACA